AUGAGCCUCCGGCAGCGGCAGAACUAUGGCCGCCACGGGCCGGGUCCUCCGAUUGGGGGAGAGGGAGGCAACGAGGGGAUGCCGGCGUACAACAUCAUCCCCAUCCACAGCAUCUUGGAGGAGCACCCUGCUCUGCGGUUCCCUGAGGUCCGCGCGGCCAUGGCAGGGCUAUUCACAGUUGGCGACCUCCGGAAGCCUCCAUUCUUCCCAUGGAACGAGAGUAUGGACAUCCUCGACUGGCUCGGGGCAUUCUUCGGCUUCCAGAGGGACAACAUACGCAACCAGAGAGAACACCUGAUUCUCCUCCUGGCCAAUGCACAAAUGAGGCUUCAUCCUCCACCAGAUAACGUUGAUACACUGGAUGCUGGCGUAGUCCGUCACUUGCGCCGGAAGCUCCUCAGCAACUAUAUGUCAUGGUGUGCUUACCUUGGUCGCAGGGCCAACGUCCCAGAUUCUCGCAGUGUCCGUGGGGCUUCUGGACGGGGGCCGCUCCGUGACCUUCUCUAUACUUCUCUGUACCUUCUUAUCUGGGGAGAGGCAGCAAAUCUUCGCUUCAUGCCCGAAUGCCUCUGUUAUAUAUUCCACCACAUGGCCAUGGAGCUCAACCUCAUCUUGGAGGACUUCUACGACCGUGAAACGGGCAGGCCGGUGCUCCCUUCCACUUGCGGGGAGAACGCCUUCCUCUUGAACGUCGUCACCCCUGUUUACUCGACUAUCAAGGCGGAGGUGGACGCGAGUCGAAAUGGCACGGCCCCCCAUUCCGCCUGGCGCAACUACGACGACAUCAAUGAGUACUUUUGGAGUAGCCGAUGUUUUGAUCUGCUGCAGUGGCCUCUCCAUCCGUCCAAAAAAUUCUUCGCCGGACCUCCCAGUAAGAUCCGCGUCGGGAAGACGGGUUUUGUUGAGCAGCGCUCCUUCUGGAACAUCUUCCGCAGCUUCGAUCGCCUUUGGAUCAUGCUUAUACUCUUCCUUCAAGCGGCAACCCUUGUGGCUUGGGAGGGAAGCGAGUACCCAUGGCAGGGUCUGGAGAGUCGGGACGUUCAAGUUCGUACGCUCAGUGUGUUCAUCACCUGGGCAUCCCUUCGUUUCCUACAGUCGAUCCUCGAUGCCGGCACCCAAUAUAGCCUGGUCUCGAGGGAGACCCUAUGGCUUGCUGCGAGGAUGGUCCUCAAGAGCGUCGCUGCAGUUACCUGGACCAUAGUGUUUGGUGUCCUUUAUUCCAUGAUCUGGGACCAGAGGUACCGUGACCGCCGGUGGUCUACAGUAGCGAAUGCUCGGGUGAUGAAUUUUCUUGUGGCUGCCGGUGUUUUCAUCCUCCCAGAAUUCCUUGCCUCCGUACUCUUUGUUCUUCCUUAUGUUAGGAACUUCCUAGAAAAGACGAAUUGGAGGAUCCUAUAUGUUUUGACCUGGUGGUUCCAGAGCCGCACUUUUGUCGGGCGCGGACUCAGGGAAGGGAUAGUUGACAACAUGAAGUAUGCCCUAUUCUGGGUUGCGGUUCUUUCUGCAAAGUUCACAUUCAGCUACUUCCUACAAAUUAAGCCAAUGGUUGCUCCUACAAAGGUAAUUUUGAAGAUAAAUAAUAUCGAUUACAAGUGGCAUGAGUUCUUUGCAAAGACGAACAGAUUUGCAGUGGUACUUUAUUGGCUCCCUGUCAUCUUGAUAUAUUUGAUGGACAUUCAAAUCUGGUAUUCUAUCUUUUCUUCCUUCUUUGGGGCCCUGGUCGGUUUGUUCUCACAUCUGGGUGAAAUACGAAAUCUCCAGCAGCUGAGGCUGAGGUUUCAGUUCUUUGCAAGUGCAUUGCAGUUCAAUCUGAUGUCCGAGGAGCAGCUCUUCAGGCCAAGGGGUACAAUACAGACCAGGUUGCGUGAUGCAAUCCUCCGGCUGAAGCUGCGUUAUGGGCUGGGCCGUCCAUACAAGAAGAUUGAGUCAGACCAGGUGCAGGCAACCAGGUUUGCACUGAUAUGGAAUGAGAUAAUUGAGACAUUCAGAGAGGAGGACAUUGUCAGUGACAGAGAGGUGGAGCUCCUCGAACUGUCACCUAAUACGUGGGGUAUUAGGGUAAUCCGUUGGCCAUGCUUCCUCCUUUCCAAUGAGCUGCUACUUGCUCUUCGACAGGCAAAGGAGUUGGGCACUGGAGACAGGAUGCUCUGGCAGAAGAUAUCUAAGAACGAAUACAGGCGUUGUGCAGUUAUUGAGUCAUAUGACAGUGUCAAGUUUUUGCUGCGGAAGAUUGUCAAGAAAGGUACAGAGGAGUACCAAAUCAUUACAAACUUGUUUGACAGUUUUGAUGCCGCAAUUGCAGCAGGGAAAUUUACGGAAGAAUUUCAGAUGCGUAUUUUGGAUACGUUACACUCAACACUGAUGACACUAGUUAACCUGCUGAUCAAGCCAAAUAAGGAUUCGGACAAGGUUGUUAACACAUUACAGACAAUAUAUGAAGCUGCACAUCGUGAUUUCCCAAAGACAAAGAAGUCUUUCGAUGAGUUGAAGCAUCUAGGGUGGUUGCCGGUGAAUACAAAUACUGUUGGUUUACUUUUUGAGAAUGCAAUUGAAUUGCCAAAUGCAGAUGAUCUGAUUUUUUAUAAGCAAGUAAGACGGCUUCAUACAAUUCUCACGUCUAGGGAGUCCAUGAACAAUGUUCCUAGAAAUCUGGAGGCUCGGCGACGUAUUGCUUUCUUCACCAAUUCCUUGUUCAUGAACAUGCCUCGUGCUCCUAAAGUUGAAAAGAUGCUUCCCUUUAGUGUUUUAACUCCAUACUAUAGCGAGGAAGUUUUAUACAGCCGAGAACAGCUACAGAAGGAAAACGAGGAUGGCAUAUCGAUCUUAUUUUAUCUGCAAAAGAUUUAUGAUGAUGAAUGGGAAAAUUUCAUUGAACGCAUGCGAAGAGAAGGGAUGGAUCAUGAUGAUGAGAUUUGGGAGGAGAAGCUGAGGGAUCUUCGUCUCUGGGCUUCUCACAGAGGACAGACACUAACUCGAACAGUUAGAGGAAUGAUGUACUAUUACAGGGCCCUCAAAAUGCUUGCGUUUAUUGAUUCUGCAAGUGAGAUGGAUGUACAGGGAGAUCAGAGAGAACUUGCUUCUUUUAGCUCUUCAUUGAUAAGCCAGAAUGGCAUGGGUGGUUUUGGAGGUUCUAGUAUGUCUCUAAAUUCUCAGAACCUGAGCAGAACAGGCAGCAGUAUCAGUUCACUUCUCAUGGGUCACGAAUAUGGUACUGCGAUGAUGAAAUUCACUUAUGUUGUUGCCUGCCAGAUAUAUGGUUCUCAGAAGAAAAAGAAAGAUUCACGUGCUGAAGAGAUAUUGUAUUUAAUGAAGAACAAUGAGGCACUUCGUGUUGCCUAUGUUGAUGAAGUUAAUAAAGCCCCGGGGGAAGUUGAUUAUUACUCUGUUCUGGUGAAAUACGAUCAAAAACUGAAGAAAGAAGUUGAGAUCUACCGGGUAAAACUGCCUGGGCAGUUGAAGCUUGGAGAAGGUAAGCCAGAGAACCAGAAUCAUGCUAUCAUCUUCACAAGAGGUGAUGCUGUACAGACGAUAGACAUGAAUCAGGACAAUUACUUUGAAGAAGCCCUUAAGAUGAGAAAUCUUUUAGAAGAGUAUUCACAUUACUAUGGUGUACGCAAGCCAACAAUCUUGGGGGUUCGAGAACAUGUUUUCACCGGUUCAGUCUCAUCACUUGCUUGGUUCAUGUCUGCUCAGGAAACAAGCUUUGUCACCCUUGGGCAACGUGUCUUGGCAAACCCUUUGAAAGUGCGAAUGCACUAUGGGCAUCCGGAUGUUUUUGAUCGCCUUUGGUUUCUGGGUCGUGGUGGUAUUAGCAAAGCGUCUAGAGUGAUUAACAUCAGUGAGGACAUAUUUGCAGGCUUCAACUGUACUUUGCGAGGUGGAAAUGUCACUCACCACGAGUACAUCCAGGUGGGUAAGGGGCGGGAUGUUGGGCUGAACCAGAUAUCUAUGUUUGAAGCUAAAGUUGCUAGUGGCAAUGGUGAGCAAGUUUUGAGUAGGGAUGUAUACAGGUUGGGUCACAGAUUGGACUUUUUUCGAAUGCUUUCUGUUUAUUACUCGACCGUUGGUUUCUUCUUUAAUACUAUGAUGGUGAUUUUGACUGUCUAUGCAUUUGUGUGGGGUCGCCUUUAUUUGGCUCUGAGUGGGCUCGAAGAUGCAUUCAAAAACUCGGGAACUAGCAAUAAUAAGGCCCUUAGUUCUGUGCUCAACCAGCAGUUCAUUAUUCAGCUUGGUCUAUUUACGGCCCUACCAAUGAUUCUGGAGAACUCCCUGGAACAUGGAUUUCUCUCAGCCUUGUGGGACUUCUUGACUAUGCAGUUCCAGUUAGCUUCUGUCUUUUACACUUUUUCAAUGGGGACUCGAACACACUACUUUGGGAGGACUAUCCUACAUGGCGGAGCAAAGUAUCGAGCCACAGGUCGUGGCUUCGUUGUGCAGCAUAAGAGUUUUGCGGAAAAUUAUAGGCUCUAUGCGCGUAGCCAUUUCGUGAAAGCAAUUGAACUCGGGGUGAUGUUGACUGUCUAUGCAUCACACAGCCCCUUGGCCAAGAGCACACUUGUGUACAUUAUUAUGACAAUCUCAAGCUGGUUUCUUGUGGUAUCUUGGGUAUUGGCUCCAUUUGUUUUUAAUCCAUCUGGUUUUGACUGGCUGAAAUUUGUAGAGGACUUUGAUGAUUUUAUGACCUGGAUUUGGUAUCGUGGAGGUGUGUUCACAAAAUCAGAGCACAGUUGGGAGACCUGGUGGUACGAGGAACAAGAUCAUCUGAGAACAACUGGUCUCUGGGGAAAGCUUUUGGAGAUAAUACUCGACUUACGGUUCUUCAUUUUCCAAUAUGGAAUUGUAUACCGACUGAAAAUUUCUGGUGGAAGCACUAGCAUAAGUGUUUAUCUGCUUUCAUGGAUUUAUAUGGUUGUCGUUGUUGGCCUUUUCGUGGUAAUGGCGUAUGUUCGUGACAAAUAUUCUGCGAAGGAACACAUUUACUAUCGAUCUGUUCAGUCACUUGUUAUCAUGUUGGUGAUACUGAUUUUGGCCUUGUUACUUAAAUUCACAGAUUUUGAGAUUAUAGAUAUCUUUACCAGUCUUUUAGCAUUCAUCCCCACCGGAUGGGGUCUGCUAUUGAUCGCUCAAGUAGCCCGCCCAUUUGUGCAGUCCACAAUUGUAUGGGAUACUGUUGUUUCUUUUGCUCGGUUAUAUGACAUUGUGUUUGGCCUUGUAAUUUUGGCUCCUGUGGCUCUUCUAUCCUGGUUGCCUGGGUUCCAGUCCAUGCAAACAAGGAUUCUUUUCAAUGAGGCAUUCAGCCGGGGCCUUCAGAUAUCCCGUAUUGUGAGUGGCAAGAAGUCUGAGCUUUAG